AUGAAAAAUACAGCUAAUGAUUUCUUUCCAGAUGAUUUUUUUAUUGGUGGAGCAAAAACAUUUUUUUGUAAAGGUAAUAAUGGAAGAUGGAUGGAUAUUUUAACUGAAGAAGAAUUAAAAAAUUAUGAAUUACAAAUUAAAGAAGAAUUAGAUGAAAAAUGUGCUCAUUGGCUUCAAACUGGUCAAAUAUUAGACACAAAUAAUUAA